AUGGCGACAUCAACAACACCAAGGAAGACUUGUGUUUUAUCGGAUAUAUGCAUCCUCUGUAGAUUUUCAUUUGUUCAAACUGAGAAAACGAUUGGUGGCGAAGAAAAAGUACACAAGUUUUACGAGAUGAAGUUAAAACUUAACAACGAAAGGUUAGAAAACAUAAGAAAAAUAACAGGACUGACUGACGUUGAUGUCACAAACAUAAUAAAUGCAGGUGUGUGUAAAAUAUGUUACCGCACAGUAGAGUCUGUAUUGAAGACUGAAUCCAAACAUGAUUUAAUUAAGCAGGAGUUUCAUGGGAUAGGAUUGAACACGGUGAAAACAAACAUGCUACAACUGCUCUCGCCUCGUAGAAAGACGAUCACAGAACGCAUGCUUAGGAGUCGUUCUAUGCCUUCGGCGAAAAAGCAGCCAUUUGACGUAUCUUACGUUAAGCUGGUGAAAAUGGCACCCUUUCAGGACUUGACAAAUACAUUUAUUCCAACAGAAUCAAAGAGAACAGAGGUAAUGUGGUAA